CUUUACCUACUUUUAAUUUUAUUUUCGUCGGUCAAUCAAUCGACGCUGUUCACAACAUCAACAACCAGGAAUGCCAAACACAAAAAAACGCUAGCAAGGACUUCAGUAGGCAUUGGUUUUCCUUUAAAUGUGAGCAAAAUUAUUAUGACUUACUCCGGUCACUCGCGGCUCGGGCCCGAGCCGCAGUUCAGAGCGGAGACGGAGUUCCGAGGAAGAUCUGCGUAAAGAGAAGAUUGUCAUCCUGCUAACAGCUGCACUCCGCGAUCGGAACAAGACAACAGAAAAAUAAACCGGUUCCCCCUAUUACUUCUUCAGAAGCAAAAAUCAAUCCACAAAAUGCCGCCUCCAGGCAGCCAAGGAUUGAUGAUGAUGGAGUCGAACCCACAGGAUGGGAUGCAGGUUGGCGGCAGCAGCUCUUCGAAGUCAAGAGGAGCUGCUAACCAAGAUGCAGAACAUGCGGGAGGGUCGUCUUCUUCAACAUUAUGCUGAUGAAAUGUACGUAAGUAAGUGUUGUAAGUACUUACACUUGUUCUACUUGGUAUAAGUAAAAUGGAAUAAGAUAUACUAGUUCACUUUACUCGACUUAAGCGCCGGAGAGCUCGCCCUCCACUAGAAAAAUCCUCCACCUCCUUCAAGCGCUUCCUUUCCUCCUUCAAGACGCGCCCCCUCCGUUCCUUCUCAGCCUGAUCGUGAUGCUCACCCGGCGGAGUGUAUCAGCGGAAGAGGAGUCGGAGCAAAGGCGCCGCGGAAUUGGAAAGAAGAACGCGCAGAGCCAAACACUUUUUAAAUAUUAGUUUUUUGGGAUAAAAUAAAAAAUUUGGAAUUUGAAAUUUUGAGUUUGAAACUUUGAAAUUGAAGCUUUGAAUUCUAAAACUUUGAAAUGGAAGCUUUCGGAUUCCAUGCGGGGAGCUUGAAGUCUCAUGCUUAAGAUUGCAAAUUUUGUUUUGGACUUUAAGUCUGAGCCUUUGAGUUGCAAACAUUAUUUUGAAUUUAGAUCUGUUUUAGUUAAAAUCAAAAAUUUAGGUCCGUAAUGCAAAAUUUUUGAUUUUAUCGCUUACAGUUGAAAUUUCACUCUAUUAAUUUCUUCGAAUAGUUGAUGCUGUACCAUGUUCGUGUGUUCAUGGGUUCGUGUGUUGUGUUUGUUAGUUUAUUAAAAUAGAGAGCGGAACAAUUUUCUAUGGGGGUCGCGGGUUUUUAAUUCUCGUGCUUUUGGUGCAGGUGUUUCGGGUUCGAAUGUUGUUGUUUUUGGUGCAAGUGUUUUUGGUUCCAGUGUGUUUGGUUUUGAGGUUUGAGGGGAAAUUGUUGAGAUUAAAUUUAGCUCUUCAAUAUUGUUGUUCUUGAUGCUAGCAGCUAUUGCUACUAUAAGUUUUUCGUCGCCCCCCACCUCCUCCUUGCUUCCCUCUCCUUCAUACCUGUCCUACGUCGUCGGCAUGCGGAAGAUGACGCCAUCCGAGAUCAUUUCGAAGCAUCAGAAUAAGAAUCUGGGCAGAUACAACAUGUACAAUGCUGAUAGCGAGCCGGUGAAAAUAGUCCAAUUUCUCAACAUCGGACUCUACACGCACAACGAGCGUUCACGGGUACCAAUAGGAGAGCCUUUAUUCAGGCCAAAUCCACCUGUAGUAGAGUUUUUCGAGUAUAGGGCUUUGCGGACGUAUGAAACGCAGUUGUAUCUGAGAAAUCAGGAUGAUGUGGCGAGAAGAUGUAAAGUCUUUCCUCCAGAUAGUGGCUACUUCGAAGUCAUACCAUCGAAAAAGAAUAGGGACAAAGUCGCAGCUGGAAUGGAGAUCUGCUACACUAUCCGAUUCAAACCGGACUCGAUUAUGGCGCAACAUUUUGAUGAUUAUAGUCCCUACACUAUAAAUUACAGUUAGUAGUUGUUUUCGACCACAUACUUACUAUUAAAUAGAGACAGAAGAUGAAAAUAAACCCGCACAAGGAAGAUUUUUAGAAGGUCCACCAGUCUAAGUAGUGGACUCGACCUGACCCCUCUCUAACGGAAGGCAAGACUACAGUUACGACCUGCAGGUUGUCACUGAGCGGGAGAAGUUCAUCGUGCCGAUAAGGGCGAUCGGAUACCAUGCUCUGCUGGACUUUCCGGAUCUGGUGGACUUCGGAUCGGACUGCCCAGUACGAAUGGAGAGCGUGAAAACCAUACUCAUGCGGAAUGUGGGGGAGAAAGCAACUAGGUUUUGCUUUCAAGUUGCAGCCCCCUUUAGCGUCAGCAUACAAGACGGAUAUUUGGAUCCGGAUUCGACAUUGCAAGUCCAGAUAUUCUUCAAGUACUUGUUGUUUGACUAUUUGUUGCUAGUAGUUGAUCACCGUGCGUGACAGCUGCAGCUGCACUCUCUUUUCAAAUGUUUUGUUUGAUGUUGAUCAACAAUGCAUUUUAUUUGUCAAAAGAGUAAGUAAGAGUGACUAGAUGUUGUACCGCAUGAGUAGAGAGUAGGAGAGUUUACGACCCUCUUCUACUGGGCUGGCGAAUGAUAGUUCUUACCAGAUGAAAAUUUUGGAUGCUGAUCGAUCACAACAAUCAUAUCAGUUGUAUGCUAAUGCUCCUCUUUAUCUUCUCUCCAUUCUCGCUCCACCAGACCCGACCGUACCGACACCGAGUACGAGCGGGAGUUGAUUCUGACUUACGGCGAUAGCACCCCUAUGGUCGCACAUGUGAAGCUCAAAGGCUCUGCUGCUGAACUCGACAUUCAAUUUGAGACUAGAAACGUGCAGAUGCCUGACACCUAUAUCGCGCUGAUGUCUCAGGCAACCGUAGACAUCACCAACAAUAGUGACCAUCCAGUAGACUUCAGUUGGCGCGCAUUCGGCAAUGCAGAGGACGAAAUCCAACAAAAGCUGAAAUUAGGCGUGCAGUUGAAGGAGGAAGAGACAGAGGAGCAGUUGUUCGUAGAACAGAUGGCAUUGGAGAUGGCCAUGCCGGUAUUAAAAUUAGUUCGUACAAGAACACGGAAGAGGAAGUACAAGUACUCGAAAACUGAAAAUAACCGAGUUACUGACUGAAAUAAGGGAGGUAGCUUUGACAGGGCUGCUACUCCUUGUUCAGCAUCUCGCCUAUGUUUAGUAGUUACUCGCUUAUUUCAGUUUUUCGAGGAAUAGUCAGUGUGACACACUUCACAUGAUUGUUGGAGGUAACGGUAUUCCUCCAAAACACUAGGAAGAUACAACAAGAACAAGAACUUGCCAAGGAUGUAUGAUCAGCAUCCCCUAAUAAGACAUCAAAUAUUUGUCAAGGUUAACAUAAUUACUUCUACCACGUCUACUUGUACUUACUUCUUUUAUAACGUCAACUACAUCAUUUUCAGGAUCCCGAGGACGGCGACGAUGGUGACGAUCAGGCGACUCAGCAACGUAGUGCGGCUCAGCUUGCUGCUUUGAAGAGAAAGUAUGCCAACAUCGCUAAGGCCGUCUUAGACGAUCCGAUGUAUUUCUACGACACCAUUUUUUCUAUGGAGCCUCUGUCGGGACGAAUUUGGGCGAAAUCAAGGGUCACUGUGACCAUUUCCUUCUCUCCGAAGAGCGCUCUGCACUACCACUGCUUGGCCUACUGCUCUAUUGCAGGGCAGCAAGAACGGAUUCCGAUAAAGCUGACCGGGCAUGGGAUUGGACCGAAGGCGGCUUUUUUUAUGGCUUAGUUUGAUCAAGAGAAUAAGAUCAUGGUAGCUCCUGCACCAAGAAAUGAGAGAUUCAAAGAGAUCGUGUGGGGCUCUAGGUCGUCUUUAAGAGCAGCUACUAGUCUGCACAGAGUAAAAAAUAGAGACACAGCAUUCCGAUCAUUUUACCAGUUGUACGUACUACUAGAACUAGGAGAUGUUGACUAGUACGAGACAUCUUCUAAUAGCUCCUUCGACGAGAUGGAUGUUGGCGAUAUUUUUGUCGAAAGCAUGCAUAGGUACGAAGUCGACAUCGUGAAUCAAGGAGACAUUGCGGUCAACUACGAAUUGAUGCCGAACACGUCUCCUUUUGGCAGUAAAUUUAGCUUCACGCCAGCGAGUGGGAGGCUAGAGGUUGAUGGACAAGAGACACUGCAAAUCGAUUUUUGUCCGAACAUAUUGGGCGAAUUCCACGAAACCUUCAUGUGGGAGUUAUCGUCGAACAAUAAGAGCGCUUGUGCGAUUCCGAUCUCUUUCAAGGGGAAUAGCGUUUGCCCUACUUUCCAUUUUGACGUUGACAAGAUCAAUUUCGGCACGGUCUCUUUCGGUUUCUUAAACUGCAAGACCAUCACACUGAGCAACGACAGCGAAGUCACAAUGCGCUACGUGUUGCGGAUCCCAGGCGACGGACGAUUCUUGCAGAAGGAAUUCGACGUCAUUCCAUCCAAAGGCGUGCUCUUGCCGAAUUGCUCGCAGAAGAUCCAGAUAGAUUUCAUUUCGGCACAAGCGAAUCCCAACAAGAGCUACGACUUAGCCCUGGUGGUGGAUCUGGAUGGGGUUGGGCAAGAGCUAGGGUCUGUCCCCAUCACGGCGAAAUGCGCAGUGCCAACAGUGGUGUUCGAACCCUACGAAGCGAUCUCGUUUGGCGAAGUUUUUAUCAGGUAGACAGCUUUUUUUAGAUUUAGUGGAACAAAUAUUAGAUAUGAAGCGAAAAAGUGCACUCACACUCAAGGAAUCGGCUAUGAUUUCUGUAGGAAAAUAGCCACUUUUUUUGAGUGUGAGUGCACUUUUUUCUUUCAUAUUAGAUGUUUCGAUUUUAUUGGUGCAUACACCUCCACCUGCCGCUGGUCAUGAACAUUCAUUUUCUUCAUGUUAUGAACUAAUAAACGUGGUUUGAUGAAGUAAGUAGAACACAACUAACACUUCUAAGUAAGCAGAAAAAUUUAUUGCAUUGAUUACCAGUAUAAUUUACAACUUCCAGGGCUGGACGAUUCCCAGGAUACAACUUCACCAUAUCUCAAGGUACGCCUUCUGCCAAUGCCUGGUGAUGCACAACACGAGCUCGUUGCCUGCAAAGUUUCAAAUCCUGCCACAAGACGAGCAAUCUAAGCAAAUAGCAGAAUUUGAACCGGAUCAGACUCAAGGAAAUGUCCCUCCAGCAAGCAGCCACGUAAUCACAAUCACACUCACGGCGAAGAAAAUACCGAAGGAAUGUGGUACUUUGUGGUCUACUGUUGAAGGAGUACAAGUAGAACUAAUGGAAACUGCUUCCACCUUCAUCAAGUAAUAUUUACUUAUAAAUAUGUCCAAGGAGGAACCAUCUUCUACAUCUGAUGAGUAUAAUGUGGUCGUGUUCAAAUGUUCCUUCGUGUUUGCGUCCCUACUGAGUAGUUGUACUUGUUGACGCUCUUAUCCUUGUGUCCCAAGCCCAACAAGAGCCAACUUCUCCACAGCUUCCGGCCAGCCGAUGUCGAUCCCUAUGUACGUGAAGAUUCUCGGUCAACCGGUACCCUAUCCUUUUCAACUUACCGCAAUCCCAAUCGGACCCCGCGUCGAAGUCGAGUGCAAUAAACUCGACUGGGGUAACACGAAGUGCCUUACACCAGUAACGAAAACUCUGAAAGUGACGAACAACUCCGUCAUUGAUGCGGCUGUUCGGUGCUUUUUGAAGAGCAGAAACAGUCUCUGGAGCGUGAAGCCGAAGAAGCUGCACUUGGCUCCAAACGAGGUGGCAUACUUGCAUUUGACGCUGGUUUGCGACGAAAAGCAGGCUCUCAGUGACAUUCUGCAUCUAGUGGUGCACGAAAGCAACGACAUCAUGGUCAACGUGAAAGCGAAGGGAACUGGCACGCCAAUCACGAGUCAGGAAGACAUCUCGAAACUAGACUUAAGGCUCACAACAAUCAUUCAUCUUAAGGAGCAUCUUUUUUGUUCCCCUUUUGCUUAAGGGAAGCAGGAGAACACGCCAAAGAUGCCCUUAAAGAUGAAUUAUAUAUGUGAGGUCUAAUAGACUUCGGAACGGUUUACGCCACACAAACGCACACACGUGACAUUUUCGUCGAGAAUAGAGGGAAGAAAGCCAGAAGAUUAGUCUGGUCUAGUGAGAAGAUGGACGCUUUGCAGAAAUUCUUGUCGAAGAAAACCGAAGACGAAGACGGCAAGAGUAAGCGAGCGUAUGAGCUGAAAUUACAGGAGUUGACCCCGGUUUUUAGCGUUACGCCAGACACUGUAACUCUCGACGGCAAGAGCAUGUACCGCUUCACGUUCACAGCCAUGAGCGCGCGACCAGGGAGCGUAAGCGAAGUUUUGACCUGUACCGAAUUCGUCGGAGCUAACGAUCGCAAAGGGCAAGUCGUGCUCACCUGCGAACUGCGUGGCGAAUUCAUUGCGCCACUGCUGCAGUUGUCUGCGCAGGCAUUGGAGUACAAGUUCGAGUGGAGCCAGGAACACGGCUAUUCGAAGUUCAAGGCCUUGACGCACCCUCUUGCGUUCACGAACGUGUCGCCGCUAGAUGUCAAGUUCCACAUCAAGUGUCCGUACCCGUUUUCGAUCGACAAGAUGAACCUGACCUUGGUUCCAGGGGAGAAGCACACGUGCACAGUCGCCUUCGAUCCGAAUUACAUGGCGAUCGACAAGCUUUGUGAUGUGAACAAGCAGAAACUGACGAUCACCUACAUUAUGGGUCGUGUGGUCGGGAAUUCAUCUCCACCAAACAAGUUGUCAUCUGGAUGAAGAGAAAGACAAGAGGAGAAUAUUAAGGGGACCUAGAUGAAGAUGAUCCCUGACGAGAUGAAAAAUUCCCGACCACACGACCUCUAACUACAGCGACCAUCCGCAGAAAGACAGUGUGGAUCUCGUUGGAGAAGUCGUUUUCCCGAAUCUAGUUUUCGACGCGUUUGCAACGGAUUUUGGCGCAAUUCUGAACAUGACCAGCAAAACGCAGAGCAUCCGGGUCUCCAACCCCUAUCCGUUGCCAGUAAACUUCGAGUUUGCUCUAGUUGACGAAGACACGGUGAAAUGCGACAUGGACGGAAAAUUGGUUGAGGUGCCGAUGGGCCAGGUCUUCGACGUUUUGCCUAUUGGAGGCACGAUUGACUCCGGCUCGUCAGUCGACGUUCAGUUUACCUAUUUCGGCUUGGGCAACCGCAAAAUCGAGACGCACUUCGUCUGCCUGUGUGAUGGUGGUCCGGAUUACACAGUGGCGUGCAGUGGAAUCGCGUCCGAUGUCGAAUAUCGGCUAGAUAAGAUCGGUGGCGUCCAGGAUGGCAUGAGCGUUGGAGACGUGCUAUUCAACCAGACGAUUGAACGAGAUCUCUGCAUCCGAAAUAUGGGUAAAGUCCCCUUCUACUACUCAGUUGACAUGACAACACUGAAGCGGCCACUUUGCGUUGACGUUUUCCCGCAAACGGGAUUAAUUCAGCCAGAAGACAAGACGUUUUUGAAGAUUCGGUUUUGUCCGGGCAUCCCGGAUUGGGUAGAGGAGCAUGUUUUGAUCUCAGUCGCCCACUACGAGCCGAUUAAAUUCACGAUCAACGGACGAGGUAUCUUCCCGAACUUGGUGUUCGAACUCGAACGUGCAGAGAGAGCUGCUCAUUUGCUCAAAAUCGAAGAAGCACGAGUUGUGGUGCAAAAAAGGAUGGAGGAGUUGGGAGCGUCUAGCAGUCCGGAAGAAGACAUGAACCACGAAGGCAGUAGAAUGAAGAAGAAGUCGAAGAAAGCAAGCGACAAGGGAAGCGGAACUGGAGAUCCUUCGAGGUACUUAUAUUUGACCUCUACUUCGUUGCUUGGUAUUAGUUCUGAUUUCAACUUCAAGAUCAAGUUGUACUUAAACAUAGACUUCUACAUCAUGCAUGAUAUCACGCGAAUUCACUGCCUUGUUUUAUAUUGAGCCUCUGUUUGUCGUCUCUCUACUACAUCACGUCGAACGAAAUCAACCUUGUUGGUUCAUCCCAAAUUUUUCCAGUGACCAAACGCGUCCUCCGUCUGCGAGCAGCAAGUCAUCGGCUAAGAAGAGUACCAAGCGUGAGACCGUUUCCAACGGCACUCCACGAUCCGGCACUGUGACCGCUGUCGAAGUGAAGAACCACAAGAGUUUGAUGCUCAUGCUCGAGUCAGAGGUCGACCGAACGCACUUGUCGGAGAUCCUAUUGCAGCAGGAGGAAGAGCUAUUCCUCGCCCAACGUGCGGAUCCUAGUAAGAUGAAGCCAACAACUUCUAGUAAAAAGAAGGGCAAGAAGAAAGAUCCGGGAGUCGUUGCAGCGUCGUACGUCUGCGACUUCGGAUACAUCGUUCUGGGCCACAGCAAGAAGAAGAACAUCGUGAUCCACAACUGCUACCAUGACACAGUACAGUUUGAGAUCAAGAAAAAGGAACUCGACGCAUACGGCUUUGCCAUCGAGCCGCAGAACGCGAAGAAGAUUCCGUCUCAUGACAAAAUCACGCUGACCUGCGAGGCUUACAGUAGUUCAUUAAGGGUAGGUUAAAGGUGCUUUUCUUACCGCUUUUUAUGCCUCUCAUAAGGGAGAAAGGCAUAACAAGCGGGGUAAGCGAGCACCAAAAACCUACCUCUAAGUUCACCUGAAGAAGAAGCUGCGGCGGCAAAGGCGAAGGGCAAAGACGGCGGCGACCCACUUGUCCAAGGAGAAGGCCCAGUCAGUUUUGCGUGGAAGAUUCCUGUCAAGAACGGUCCACAGUAUGAGGUUCAUUUGAAAGCGUUCUUCGUGCUUCCGGAGAUCGUCGUUUCUAGCGAAAACAUCGAUUUCGGACGUGUCUUAGUAGGCCAGAAAAAGAUCGUCACCAUCUCGAUCAAGAACAAGAAGCCAGUGCCGAUCGAGUGGAGCUGGAAAACGCCGAAAGCGUCUGGCGGAAAACCAAUGCCAAAAUGGGACGUUGUCUACCAGGUAAAGCCAGAUCAUGGCACGCUUGCGCCAGACGAGAUUCAAUGGGUCGAAGUCGCUUUUACGCCAAAUAGCGCUUCUUCGUUCAAGCAAAAAUUGGGUUUGAAGAUUCGCGACAAUCCGCACAAGAAGAUGCUGACUUGUUCCGGACACGGAGAUGUGCUCAACUUGAAGGUGGACAAGAACCACAUCGAACUUGCGCCGUGCCUCCCGUACUACGAUCGCGCUUUGCAGGGGUUGUACCUUGAGAAUCCGACCGAUUAUCCGAUCACGGUCUACUCCGCUGAUUUCGAUCAGCAGUACCGCAUGGAGGAGCAGAAACUAGACGCCUAUAGGGAGCACGACUCUCUGUAUAAGUACUGUGAAUUUCCAGUUAGAGAAGAUCCUAGUACAACGUGGCCAGACGUGGAGGAUACCUGGGACCAACUGCAGAGAGCCAAGGAGUGGGAGGAACGACGACAACUGCGCAAGGCUGAACGGGACAAGGAGUUCGCCGAUAAAGUGGAGGCAACGAAUGCGGGCAAGGCGGAAGGCGCCAAGGACAUCACGGUAGUGGAAUUGCAUCGACAACUGUUACAUCAGGUUCAGGACUUCUGGAAGCGCGAGUACAUCGCAAUUAAGGAUGAGCGUGGAGAAGCUUUGCCGAUGAACAUCAAUCCGGAGACUGGGGAGUACUCGAUCGAACCAGGCAGCGUGCCUGAGAUCCAACCUUGGGACGACAUUCCAGAUGAGAUUCCCAAUGAGGAAGAGCAGAAUGACGUCUAUCUUUGGAUUUGGGAAGCAGAGGAAGAACGUUUUGUCCGAGACACAAUCUGGGACCCGAAAAAGAUCAAGGAAGUGGAGAGUGCGAAGCCGGAGAUAAAGACUGAACUUAUGGCUUGUUCUUAUUAUUCAAGCGCUCAUGGGGCAGUUGACUAGCUACAUAAAAGUCGAAAAGAUUUACACUUCAACCUAGAUUAUGCAUUAUAUGCUAGCAUGAUAGUUGCCUUUUUCUCUUUUCUAUCUUCCUCUGGUCUGUCUUUUUUCUAGUUAGGUCGGCUCCACCACAAUUAUAUGCUAGCAUGAUGGACGACUCCUCGUCCUGCUGGAGGUCAUAGAAAAACAAAAAAUCCUGGGUCUUCUAACAACCGCGACCACGAAGUCGAGGCCAUGCUUGAUCUCGGCCUAGAGGAGAAUAAGUUUCCGAACCGCGUUCCUCAGAAAUUACGCGAAAAUGUCGUUAUCCACGGGCCACAGCGAUCGGGACGUACGAGAUGGGGCAAUCAGAUCCAUGCGAAUUCACAACGUGGAUUCCUGUCUAUAGAUGAGGCUGUGGAUUGGGCCCUGUCUGGAAGCGCAAAAGGCUUGUUCAGCACAGAGUUCUUGGACAAGAUUCGCGCUACUUUGACGGAGCGAGAGCAGCUAUGGGAAAGCGAUGCAGCCACCAAAACGGAGUAUGAGGCGAAGAUUCCACAUAAAGAUAUUCUGUUAAAUCGUGACAUUCUGGCUGGCAGCAUGGAACUAGACGGCGCUGCGCAAUUUCCGACCUACGACUUGGCUCCCGAGGACGUGGUGCACAUCCUGAAAAAACGACUCGCUCUGUGCGAUUUCAACACCGGUUUCGUGCUCAACGGCUUCGACAAGAGCGUGAAAUAUCUGACACCUGAGAAUUUGAUCCAGACGUUGUUUUUGCUGAACGAGCGCAUCCGCUUCUUCGUGAUGGAGCCGUCUCGGAAGCAAACAGAGGAGGAAGAAAACCUCGAUGGCAUCACGGAAAGUGGCAGCAAGCUAGAGGCUGAAGGUGGAGGUUCGCCCACCGAUGGAGCAGAAGAGGAAGAGGAGGAUCCGGAAGUCCUUGAACAAAGGAGAAUCGAAAAAUACGAAGCAAAUUUGCAGAUGUUCUUGGAUUUGCGCGUUUCCGAGAUCGAGGCGGACAUUGCAGCUACUAUUAAGGGUUCCCACAUUGCAUUCCCAUUCACAUUCUUCACUACCAUCCUUGACUUUUUUUCCAGUUGUAGGUGGAAAAGGAUCGGGGACGAUAUUAAUCUGAAGAAUUAUGCGAUGUCGCAACCUCUAACACCAAGGAGGAAAUUGAGGCGUUGACGAAGAAGGUGGCAGACUCUGCUGGAGACGAAGACAUCGGGGAUCAAGAUGAGCUGAACGUCCUGGAUCAACGUGUGGGGGCUGCGAAUGCCGAGAUUGAAGUCCUGAAAAAAAUCAACAUCAGCGCAAACCGCGAAUUCGUGGAUCACUACAAGAACAUGCUGAAGGAGCUGAUUGCUCCGAUGAACGCCAAGAAGGCGGAAGAAUUGAGGGCAUUGGCUUUGCAGCAAGCCCAAGCGAAGCAAGGACGACGCGGGAAAACGAAGACAGCUGGUGGAGGUAACGACGGUUCUAAAAGCAACAGUCCUACCAGUCGUGCAGGCAAUUCCGAUGCGGAGGCUGGGCAAAUCGAGUUGCAGGACUACCAUCAGAUCACAGACUAUCCAAUGCCGUACGACGCAGCGUCGAGGAGGAAGCUGCCAGAACCGCAGGAUAUGCUAGCAGCACCAAGAAUUCCAGAGGAUCCUAGGUUGCCAGAGCCAAGCUUUAGGCAGAUUGUGUACGCGCCAAAACUUGGCCGCGACUUCGACAUGGAUGAAGCCUACAAGUUGUCGAAACACAACUUCUCUCUGUUGACGCCUAUCGACAGCAAGCCGGAGGCUCUAGAACAACAGCCUGUUCCGGAGACAGAUCACAACAGGAGCGGUUCCAGCGGCAGCGAAGGUGUCGAGGGACUUGGCGGAGAGGGUAAAAAUGCUGUUGCGGACGGCGAGGCUGGUGGGUCGGCAGCCGAAGGCCAUGAAACAAGUAAGGAAGAGAGCGCAGUAGAAGCUGCAGCUGCUGGAGAAGGGGUUGAAGACGUUAUGGCUGGUGCUUUGCCUUUGGAUAAAGCUAUAGCUACUUCAAAUAGAUCCAACUACUCGAGAUUCUCAAUUUUACCAAAGCCUGUAUCUUCAAAGACAGUCGCCUGUUUCCUCCUCUAACAACCGUGCUGAAGGCGAGCCACAGAAGACUCAAGAAGAACUUCUCGAUUUGUCGCAGUGCACGAACCAAACUCGUUGGGUCAUACCUCCUCAGUCUCGUGUCAAGAUCUUCGUGAAGUUCUUUAGCGACAAGACGGAAACUGUAGGCUGCAGACUGCAUUUCGAAGUUGUCCAAGGCUACCACUACCUGCACAACGAUCCGAAACUAGUGAAAGAAAACCAGCAGCACUGCUUCAGCAUCAUCGACGGCAACGAAGCUUUGAGAGAAGCUGCGGAAGAGGGUGGACACGGAGCCACUUUGGCUUUAGAGGAUGGCAAGAAUGGCAGUCCGGCGAAGUCGGCUGGGGCAGCUGCUUCUCCGUCAAACAAGAACAAGGCAGCGGAUCCAGCAGCAUUCCAGAUGCCGUUUCCACCUGUGUCGAUUGCAAGAGCGAUGGUCACGGUCGCUGGCCGCACUGCGUUCCCGCACAUCAACAACAAUCCAACCAACAUCUUCAUGCGACGAGUGCGCACGCGACCACAACCGCCGAUCUACAUCAGCAGGCAGUAUGUCAGCAACCGCGACUUGUAUGAGUUCGGUCCUUUGUUGGUGGGAAAAGACCCGGAAGUGCGACACUUCUACACCGAAGACAUGCUACACUUGCCGAAAAAACUGCAAUUAGGUCUAGAUCGUCAGUUGGUUGAGCGGGAGCAGACUGGGUACGUCUUCUCGGCACUUGAGGGUAUUUCUACGAAGAACUCAACGCGUGAGUCUUGGGGAGAACAAACGGUAGAUGGCGAAGUGGCUGAAAAACGUGCGCCGUUGACGGACGAGGAGAAAAUCGAACGAAAGGCGGCGAUGAGAUUGGAGCAGGAGAAAGACAAUCAAUUAUUCUUCUUGAGGAAACAUGUUGAGUGCUUUAGGAUCACGAAUAACAGUCUCUUCCCGCUUCGCGCCUUCUUCUGCUUGGCUUCGUCGCAGAAGGUGGCGGGAACGACAGCGACCGUAGCGGAAAAGCUGAAACAGGCGACAGAUGCGGUCGCUGCUCGGGACGGACCAACUGUGCCCAGCGAGGCAUAUGAUUAUGGCUCUUGUUACUGAAGAGGGAACUUCUUUGCUCUAAAAAAAAUUAGACUUAUUCUCAUAUCCAUGCAGUUUCCUGCCUCAUGUUGAAUAGAAAAUCACUUCCUUCUUAAUCGUCCUGUAAUCCCCUACUUUCGUUGAACCCGCCCGCUUUAAUCCUCAGGCCUCGUGCCAACCGUCGACACAGCCUUGCCUUUUCCGAUUGGCGAGUUUGAGACGUAUCCUUUCAUCGUCAGCCCAGAAGUUCUUGAGUUGCAACAGGAUGAGACCAAGGAGGUCACGGUCUGGUGCUUUCCUCGCACGGAGCAGACCGUCAGUGAUCAGCUCGUCGUCACAGUCGAUGACAAUCCCGAAUGCGUCGUUGUGCCACUUACUGCUACAGGAACAGUCCCGAAGUUGGAAGUUUCGAGCAUGAAUUUGGAUUUCGACAAGUUGAUGCUGCGACAGUCGGACGCGCGGGAACUGGAGCUACGAAACCCUGGCUGCGUCAAUGUCUACUGGAAACUGCAAAAUGUGUUUGGUACCGAGAAAGAACCCGUAGAAGGCGAGGAACCUCCGGCAGGAGAGGACUUGGAGUUCACGAUUCCACCACAGUACACGAUCGAGCCGAAGGAAGGCAUCUUGUCUCCUGGCGCGGCUUGCAAGGUGAAAGUGGUGUUCAAAGCUACGAAGGCGAACGUGUACAACUUCAAACUGCGGUUCGCCAUUCAAGACACCGAAGGUUUCUACCUGUCCGGUUUGGCGAAGACGAAGCAGGACAACCCUAAAGGCGAAGAGGAGCCGAAGAUCGUGCACACGCCAGUGGAGAUGGUCCCGACUGAGGUCGAGGUUUCGGGUGAAUGCUUCGAGGUCGAUGUCGGUGUCGAAUUUCCGAACGAGCGCGGUCUCGACUUUGGUGCAUUGAAAGUCGGAGAAUCUAAGACAGAGCAGUUCGAAAUCGUCAACCAUGGCAAGUAUCCAUUGCGGUAUGAGCUCAAGAUCAAGAAGAAGUCGAUCAUGGAGAUUCUCUCGAUCAAGGACGACGUCGGUCGAUCAGUCGAGAUUGCGCCAGAGGAGCGUCGUGUGAUUAAAGUCACAGCAGUUUCCUUCAAGCAGGUGAAGAUCUCUGAUGCGGCAGAACUGUUUUUGCGCAUCUUCGAAGCGCGCUCGAUGGAACGCGUUGAGCCGGCGAUUCCGCCAAUCAAGGUGAGCGUGCAAGCAGUGUACAACGGUUUCACAGUGACGCCACCUCGUGGUUUGAAUUUCGGUCCUGUGCGGUCGGGAGCAGACCCGAAGACGCGCACAUUUGAGAUUCGCAACGAUGGCGUCUUUCCAUUCGAGUGGUGCUUGAUGGACCUGAGUGCGAUCAUGAGUGAUCCGAAUAUCCAAUCUACGGUUCCGCCACCAGCUGCUAGCCCUAAAGGCGGCCGAUCACCGCGCAGUCCAAAGUCGCGAGGUGCCUCACCGCGUUCACCCGGUGGAAGGCAUAAGCAAGAGAAGUUCAUUGAUCCGAGUGUAUUGGCGCGACCUCCAGCAGAGUAUUUCCAGGACACGCUGCAGAUCGGUCCGUUUGAGAUUUCACCUGCUAAGGGAACGCUUGAUCCGAUUUCCGAAGACGGCGAAAAAAGUGUGACGAGGAUUACGGUCAAAUUUACAGCGAAUGGCGACCGCGAUGAAGACAAGAAACUCGCUCUGUGGGUAGACGGCGUUGAACCGAACAUGCCGGAUCAGAUUCGAGUUGGUGACAUCAACAACCUAGUCUACUUGCUAACAGGCCAGAGCUGCAUCCCAGGCAUCGACACCAACAUGCAGUGGGUCUUCGAGGAACAGUACGUGGCUAGGAAUUUGGAGGACGCCAUUGCGACUGCGGGUCGUGUGGACAUUCGCUGUUAUGCGGAAGAGGAUCGGGUGUUUAGCUUUGGACCCUGUUUAGCCGGUGGCGCUGAACCGCAGAAGGAGCGACUGCGGAUCACGAAUCCACGUGGAAUCCAGUGCGAAGUGAGCUUUUCGGUCAAAGCGCGCACACAGAGCGGUGGCGGCGACUUUCCGUUUGAGAUUCAGCCGGCUCAACUCCUGAUCCCGCCACACGAACAUCGCUACGUCACUGUGUCCUUCGCGCCACCACAGUUGCAGACCUACUACGCCAUUUUCGAGGCUAAGGUGACAGAUGGUUUAGAUCCGAGGACGAACUACCUGACAUUCGAGAUUCGCGGAGACGGUACAGUUCCUUCGAUCACACUGGAGGGCGUCGACGCGAUGACGGAUGGGAAAUUUGACUUCGGGAAAUUGCAACUAGGCAGAGAGCACGCGAUUCAAUUCCGAUUGCAGAAUGAUGGCAUCAUUCCUGCGACAGCGCGAUUGGAGAUCCUGAAUGAAGAGGGGGAAGCGGUAACUGACACCGUCCCGCACUUCUCGCUCAUCUGUCCGAGCACGGUGAACCUCGACCCUGGAAAAGACUACUCGUUCAGCGCGAAGUUUCACCCCUGUCACGUGGGCGGACCGUACACGCAGCAAUUCCGUGUGUACACGAUGCACAACCCCUUUGAGGACGUGAAACUCGCUCUCGAAGGCGAAGGCUUUGUCCAGGAUGUCUGCUGGGAGCUGUUCAACCAGCAGAUCUCUAGUGGCGACGACGAGUUGUUGGAUUUGGACAUGAGUCCAGAGAUUAGUCCCUUUGAUCCUCCGCAUCCAUUGGAGAAAGGCGGUCGCCAUGUGACGAUUCGACCACCCGCGCCACCAGAUGAGUUAGGCUUGGGCGAGUUGCCAGUCGGAAGCAGGAAACAACAAACGAUCUAUCUGAAGAAUGGGAGUAAGAAGACAGUUCGUUUUGAGUUUCCUGAGGUCUUGCCAGCGCCGUUUGCUGUGUCGCCAGAAGGAGCGGAGAUGACGUCGCAGACAGCGAACUUGAAGUUCACGCCUUCUUGCGGACACGUGCCAGCAGGGUCAAAGAAGAAGAUCGUUGUGGUGUUCCAGCCAUGCGAAAAGAUCUCGGCAGAACUGGUGGCGAUCCCGUGUAAGAUCCAGGAUAUCGAGUUUGUGGACGCCUCAGAGCAGGCCGCUGCACAACAGGUGGGAGGCGCUGAUGGUGCUGCUGAGGGUGCUGAAAAUGGAGCAGAUGGAAGCAAAAACCUAGAGAUGACCUUUUUGCGAUCUACUUCGCACGAAGGCCGUAGCAGCUCUCACGAAUCGGUUGGUGGGUCUAAGAAGCCUCUCCUCGAUUGGGACGACAGUAUGACGAUUAUGGUGGAGGAAGAGGUUGAUGAGCAGAUCGAGGGUGCGGAACCGCUUCCGAUGCCAGACGAUGCCGAUCCGGACACUUACGAGCCCCAAUAUCCGACCAGAAAAGUGCGAAGGAAAGCUCCUAAGACUCGCGAAGAGCCUCCUCAUCGGGUUCUGCCGAAGAAAGACGAAGAGGGCAACGAAACCGAAGAGCCAAGUGAAAGCGAUAUGCCACUGAAGGUCACAGCUGCCGCUGACGACCGUGGAUUUGAGUGCGAAACAGAACGCAUUCAUUUCGCGCCAACCAUGAUGUUUGGCGCAAAACUCUUUACGUUUUCGGUGAAAAACAGUAGUGCAAUAGCUUUGCCGUAUGAGUGGCGGGUUUCGAAUAUGAACUCAGCGAAGAAAAACUACGAAAUCACCCCGAAAGUCGGCAUCAUCCCAACAGACGGUUCUUCGGAGUUCACAGUGCGCUUCCAGCCGACCGAAGUCGAAGACUUUCGGUCGACGUUGAGCUUGUUCACCUUCAAGCACCAAGUCUUCGGCGAUCCUAGUGGCAAGACCAGUCCGGUCUACGUGCCACAUGGGUCGGCGAUGGGGCCAGACGGUGAGCCCAUCAUCGACUAUCCAGAGGAUGACGGACCUUUCAAGGUUCCACUGCACUCGAUUUCAUUGAAUGGUUCCGCUGUGAGACCUUUGUGCCACUUCGAACUGCCAGCAUCGAACUAUCAGAGUGCGACGAGCGACGAUCCGAAACAGAUGAUCAUCGAGUUUCCACCAAGUUUGGGUACUCGUGUGCGCAAUACGAAGCGUUUCUACGUGUUGAACCCAACUGGCGAGUCCUACGACUUCAUCUGGACCGAAAAGAAGAAGGACGCAUCUGCUUCGUCGGGAGAUCAUGACCAAUCUGGUGCUGGAUCGGGCGCCGGUGGUUCUGGCGGUGGAUCAGGAGGUGCCGAAGGCAGCAACCCUUUUCGAUGUUUGACAAAGCAUGGGCAUAUCCUAAGUGGGAAGAAGUUCGAGAUGGUUUUCGAAUACAUCCCUCAGUCGAUCGGCGCGCACGAGAGCAGUUGGAGCUUCACUGUCAUUGGGAAGAAUGUGGAACAGAACUUCUUGGUGGUUGGGCACGUUAAAGAACCAAGAGUAGGAUUCCAGCAGCCGUUCUUGAACUUUGGCCGUCUGUUGCUCGGUGGCAAGGCGAGGGAGACGCUGUACUUGGUGAAUAAGGAACACAUUCCGUUUAGCUUCCACUUCGACAAGACGAGUUACGGCCAUGAGCCGACGAGCGAUAGCGGCAACAUGGACAACUACGGGGGCGGCAGCUCCAUGAUGAAAGCACCGACGAUCUUCAUUUCGCCAGAACAAGGUGUGGUUGGCGGAAACAGCAGCUUCCCGGUCGAAGUGCUUUAUCGUCCGAUCGUCGAGGAAGCAGUGAGCUACAACGUCGUCUGCAAAGUGAAGCGCAAAGAGCAGCCGCUCGCGUUGAAGGUCAAGGGCGAGGGUUACAAGAUCCACGCUCAGCUUCUAGUGAAGGAGUCCAUAGACCGAUUGCUGCACCCAGGCGUGAAGGAGGUGGUCGACUUCGGUAGCAAUUUGCAAGUCCACGAGCGUCGCGAAGCCAAAUUGGUGUUGAAGAAUAGCGGUAGCUUCAAUUUCGACUUCGUGUGGCAGAUCAUCUAUCAGGGCAAGAAGUUGUCGGACAAUGGAAGCACACAAGCACGUCGCAGCGCCGCUUUGCCUCCGUACUUGUCGAUAUCGCAGAUGCAGGGCGUAGCACCGCAAGAGGGCGAAGUCGAGUUCACUGUCGAAUACGCACCGUUGGACACGCAUACCUUAGAUGGUUGUAUCCUGAAAUUGAUGAUCCCGUCAGCGCGUCAGCCCGGCAAAGGCGGCGUCGAUGAGAGCUGCUACUUGGUGGAGCUGAGUGGACGUGCAAGACGUCCGCAGGUGGACUUUUCGUUCACAACGUACGAUUUCGGCUACUGCUUUAUUGACAAACGCGCGGGCGCUACGAUUGCGGGAGACAUUAGCAAGGGCAACUGCUUCAAAAAGGUGGAUCUCGUCGUCACGAACCGCGACUUGAGCGAUUGCUUGCUGUCCACGAACUUCCAGAGGACUGCCUACUUGGAUGUCCAGUUAGACCAGUCCAUGAUCGAAGCGGGGCAGAGUAUGGUCGUGCCGAUCGUGUUCCAGCCAAGGGAUUCCGUCGAAUACCGGGAGAGGAUAGAAUUCGUAAUCAACGACUUCACGAAAUUCUACGUGAAUGUCAGAGGUAAAGGCACGCCUCUGAAGCUCGAACUGGUGAGCAUGGACAUGCAGACGGUGGACUUUGGCGUGACGAUAGGCAACAAGCCGCCGAUAAGAAGGCAAAUCAAACUCAUCAAUAAGUCGCCGUGUCCGUGUGAGUUCUUGAUACUGGAUCCGGAAGACAGGUACUCAAUUCUACUUGUUGCUGGCUCCUCUCUUCAAUAUACUUAUCUUCAUCAUGAACUUACCAUUUAUCAUUAUUCUCCCUGAACCUGAAGUAGCACUACGACGUAACUAGUACACGACCUGUACAAAAUGAAAAACACAAUCAAUAAACGCAAACACUUUCGUUCCUCGCCCCUCAGGCUUCGCGACCGCAGUGUUAGUUGGACCACGCCCAUGGGUGGCUCUUCGGCGAUGGGCUCCUCCACGGCAAGAAUAGGGUCAAAGGAACCUCCGCAAAGAGUCAAUCUGCGUCCGAAAGAGCAGUGUCCGAUAGAUCUGAGCUUCUCUCCGCAGUUCAGAGUGGCGCCUUUCAAGUACUGCUACAACUUUAUCGAUUGGUCAUCUUUUACUAUUCUACUACCUAAAAAUAAGAUAAAUAGAUAUGACCCUUGAAAAUAUGCCUGAUACGGGUGGACCAAUCAGUCUCCCUGUGAACCCAAGAACAUCAUCGUCCCAAACGACCCAAUCUUCCUUCCACCAGGUACCCACUUAACGUGAUGUGUCAACAAACGGGAGAAACGAUUCACUUGGCCACUGUGUGUGGUGAAUGCCACGCUACAGAAAUUAAGUUGUCCGAGCACUCUAUUCUCUUCCCGCCGGUGGUCGUGCAAAGUCGUGCUUCGGAAAAAGUGCACCUGCACAACUUCGGAGAUCUCGGAAGCAAAUACAAGUUCGAGAUUCCGGCGAGGUACUGAGACCUAAGUUAUAUUUUAAUACCUCAAAUUCGAGGACGAAGAAGUCUUACAACAUGCUUUGAGGAAUGAUUUGAAAAUGCUAAAAAGAGUGGCUAUUGACGACUUGUUCUCAGGAGCAACAUGCAUCUGCAUCAUUCUUCUUGAUGCAUUUGCAUCAUCACCAGCUGCGUUGUAAAACACCCUUACAUAUCACUAUCUUCAGGUUUCAAGACAUUUUUUUCAUCAAGCCUGUCUCUGGAUAUGUCGCGCCUCACGACGAUCAAGUCUUGGAGGUGUCGUUUUGUCCGAAACAAGUUGUCGACCGGGAUAUUACGUGUGAGAACAUCGUCUGCCUGCUAGACAACCACGAGCCAAUAAGACUCAGUUUGACAGGUACAGCUUUUUUUUUGGAUUUUUUUUCUGGAUGAAGUGGUAGUUAUUUUGUGAGCACCAUUUUUGUACUUAAAAAGAAAACUUGAACCAUGAUCAGUGACAACCACUACCACGACCAUUGAUCAUUCCAAGACAGAAAGUAGAAACAAUAUAUUAUAUGAAAUAGAAUAACAAUAACGAACUAACCUGCCAUCACAACCACAACUACCCUAAGAUUUAAAACGACCCAACAACUCUCAGGUCGUUGCAUCGCUCAGCCUUCUGAUGCAGUGCAUACGUUGAAUUUUCAGGCGGAGGUGAGGAAAGAGCAGGUUCAGUCGAUCACUUUCCCACCGACCGCAGUGAACAACACACAAGUGUGGAAGUUGCAACCUGAAGUGAAGACGCUGAAUAUUCCUAGUGGAAUUUCAGCACCAGGUUACUUCUUCUGUCCGAGUGAAGUCGUAGUCCAGCCAAAUGGCACAGCGUCGAUCGACGUAAUUUACAGGCCGUUGACGAUGACAAGGCCAGACGACGUUCGAGACGACGGCACGGUCAUAAAGGAUUUACACAAAGGAUCACUGUUUAUUGCGACCCCAGACGGAAAGGCGUAUGUGUAUCAGUUAGAAGGACGAGCAGACCCACCAACACUCGAUCAAAGAAUAGAAGUGGAGGUAUUAUUUUCUUUGCUGUUAACUUACAACUUGCAGCUCCACUUCCAUCCAGCAUCCGUUCAUCUUAGGUUCUUGGCCAAAAAUGUCGAAUCUUCUUUUUCUUUUCAAUCAUGCUUAGCCUUAAGGAGUCUAAAGCAAUGCUGAAAUAUCUGACAAAGAAGUAAACGCUUUCUUCACUGGUGCUGUUUGAGAACGCUGACAACUCCAUGCAUUUAUAUCUCACCACCCUACAAGAACUCAAACUAGGUUCCCUGCAAGACGCAGCACACACAAGUGAUUCCGCUGCAGAACUGGUUGAACCAGAGGCAGAGGUUCAACGUGAAGCUCUCUCUGAUGGAUCCACCACCAGACAGCGAGGACGCUGGUGCCGUAAAGAUAAGCGGCAUAGAAGUCUUUGAUCUACCACCGAAAUUGAAGCGUGACUACAAGUUCCAAGUCUACGCCUUUAGAGUGACCACUGUCCUAGUCCUGGCGGAGUUCGAGAACCCGUCGAGUGGAGAAUUCAUCAGAGUGGAGGUGGCGUUCAAAUUCACGGAGCCGAAGUCUUUGGCAGUGAUAAAAUUCGAGACUGCAUGUCGGCAAAUCGCAAAGUGGCCGAUUAUGGUUUCGAAUCCACUGUCGAAACCAGUCACAUUCUCCUGCAGCAGCACAAUACCAGACGUCUAUUUCGCACCACAUGGGGCAAGGUAUUGUGGGCUACAACUCUGGUCACUUGUUAUCCUUUUAUUUUCGUGUGAGACAGACGAGACUCAUGAUCAUGUAGUACUAGGACUUGCUCCUCGUGGUCCUUCCACGACCUCCUGAAAUCACUAGUUCCACUUUGUACUCGUCAUGCACGCUCUCACUGCUCUCCUCGUCGUACAACAUCAAACUUCUCCGUUCUCCUCCCAUCAGCUUCGAAGUACCCCCACACGACGAAGUGUAUAUGGACGUUUGCUUUCGACCUAGUGGCGGUGAGGGCGAGGGUGAGGGCGAAGUGGUUUUGGAAUGCCCAGAGCUUGGGUCAUACCCUUACAUUACGGCUUCCCCAAAAUUGUUCAUCUUGAAGAUGAGCAUCUUCUGACGCAUUUUCUGACGUGUCGUUUCCUUUCAAGAAAGGGAAACAAAAUCAUGGUCAAAGAUGCGACUCGGAUUCUCUUCUAGAUGUGAAGAUGAAUACAUACGGGUAAAAACAAGGUCUUCUAAUUACCAAGUCGUGUACAAAGCGACCAGUCCAGCGAUGGAGAAGAGUCUGGUCUUCAAAGCGCCAUUAGGGUCCUCAGUAACGGAAUCCUUCCGCUUCUUGCACUAUGCGAAGAAGGCGGGUUCCUACGUAGCAAGUGUGGUGCCUGUGCCGGGAGGAGGUACUUACUUAAUUUUUGAUUUUUUCCAGCUUCAACAUUCAUCAAAAUCAAUUUCGUCAAUGCUCUACAACGAAGAUCAAGAACAAGAAGAGCUACUUUAUUUACCUUUAACGGCUUCAUAAUUGUUCACCUGCAGCUUGAUAUCCGCACGACACCUCCACCAUACUAGGUCAAAAGUACCAAGGCCGAGUGGAGGACUUCCAGAUCGAAAGUAAGGACAUCAAGGCUGGCGAAGGGCCUGUCGAAGUGGGUGUGGAGGUCAAGUAUGAGCCUAGUAGUAUGGCGGAGAUGCGUGGUAUUCUUGUGGUGAAAUCACCAGAGACUGGCACAGAAUACAAGACCACCCUUGUUGGGUAUUCCGGAGCGCCACAAGCAAAAGGACCAGUGGUCGUGGCGAAGUCAGCGACGAUCGAGUUCAGAAACCCAUUUCUUAUGGCUUCUGGUUGUGGGUUGCUAGUAUGGUUUAUAGAUAUAGUUGAAGUUGUACAACCCGUAACCUGAUGUUCUUUAUUCACACUCUGGUGCCUUUGGUCUACUAGGUAGUUCAUCUGUGGUUAAGAUUAAGCCCAAAAAGCACGGGCAAUGAUAUUUAAGAUCAACUAGAAAAACGUGUUCAACUAGAAAAAACAAAAAUAAGAGGAGAGCCAAAAACAAGAAGCAUCAAAAGCUUGAUCCGAUCAUCAUAUUUAAGAUCAAGUAAGUAAGUACUUUUUAUAGAUCACACUGUAUGAUCCGGAUCCCUCAAGAAGGCAAUAAAGAGCGGGGAUCUCUAAUCUGGACGAUAGCGAAGACUUCGUCUUCGCGCUUGACAAUCCGAAUGAUUUCAAGCUCAAGGUCGAGACCAAGCAAAAGAUUGAGGGUCUCAAAACGGUAAGCGUGGGCAUCGACUUCGUCGGUCCAUCCGCUAUGGGCAGUCGGCUGGUCGUUACAACAGCGAAAAGCACAACCCCGUGGAUCUACUUCCUCAAGGGGCAAGCGUGAGGUGGAGGAAGUGGUGGAUGAGAAUACAACUCGUCUGGUGGAUGGAUGUGCAUGAUUAUAUGCUUAGGCUUUUAUGCGUUCGCAUGUGUGCGUAGUUUUAUGUGAGUGGUCCCUACUUCUACUUAUGAAGAUCAUCAUUUGUUGAAGCAUGAUGUUGAAGAACAAAAAGCAAAGUCUCGUUGUUAUAUGGUCCUUUGAUACAACGCAUCAACAUCAUGAUAGAUACAGUUCUAGUUGGUAAUGUUGAAAUAACACAUCAGUUUUUUGUCGUUUAUGGUAGUGAAGAUAUCUGUCUAGAUUUAGAUUUAUUUGUCGAAAACCAAAACAUCAAGAGCCACGGACGACACCACGAGUUUGUCCAGGAGUUCUUAAUAAUGCUUAGUUUCUGAAAAGUUUUGUCAAUGAAGAUACGAUUACGAGUCGAAAAAUAGAAGACGUAAAGUAGAAGACGUUCAUCGUGGUGAUGAGCAUUUCAAGCCACCCUGAUUUCGAAGUUCUCUCAAUCUUAUUUAUUACUCUACUAGUUUAGUUUACGGUAAUAUUUGCAAAUCAUUCAUCAAUGAACAGUCAACAGCUGAAAAGUUAAAAACGAAGAUUCACAUGAUCAAGGACGAGUAGGUCUAGGAAUUUCGUAAGAAUCCUAGGUCUUAGCGACGUUAGAACCCAAGAUUUUUAGACUAAGACUAAGUACGAAAAACUAAAUCAUCCAAGCUGAAACUUGAUCCACCCAGAAUAUAGUAACUAAGUAAAUCAAGAUCGCCACGGCCGUAUUCACUCAACUAGUUGUAGCACAUCAAGAUUUACACUAGAAAUAUAUGUAAACAACUUGUAUACCUUUGACUUUGUCAUCUAAAAAGUAGGUGAAUAAACGCUGUUGUAGUAUUAAGAUCUCCCCACCCGAUAACGAAUCUUUGACAAUGAACUUUUGAUGACAUCAGAUAGAAAUACUAUUUUAAACGAUGUAUGUUUGGAAGAUAGAUACGCAUAUGCAAACGUUGCGAUGUUGAGAAAAAAAUCGUUUGACAAAUAUGUGAAAACACAUUGUGUACUCUUCCCAAUUUCUCCCCCAGCGAAAACGAAUAAAUUACUGCAGGAGAAAGUGAAACAGGAUAU